GGGAGCACGGCGGGGGCUGCGGACAUCGACCCGCGGUUCUGAAAGGACUAGGCCUGGGGACACCCCUGGGCUGCGGGGGUUGGGGACUGCCCUGGGGAACCCCAGUGCCGAGGCUGCGGAAUUGGGGACUGCCCUGGGGAACCCCAGUGCCGAGGCUGCGGAAUUGGGGACUGCCCUGGGGACCCCGCUCUGCAGGCGCUCUGGGCCUGGAGACAUCCAUGGGGACCCCCCUCAGCUGGUGCUGGGGACAGCUCUGGGAUCCCUUACUGUCCUGAGGCUGAGGGUGGGGCUGUGGGCCUGGGGACCGCUCCAGGGCCGCCCUGGGGACUCCCCUCUGCCCGGGAUUGCCCGUGGGGGCUGUGUCUGUGGAGGUGCAGGGCUGGGGGACACUCCUGGGGACCCCCCAGACACACAGCACUGCCAUGGGUGUAGGGUUGAAGGACGGGUCCCUAUGGACCUUCUGCCUGACGCAUGGGGCUGGGGGACAAUCCUACAGACCCCCACACCCACGAAACAUCCCAGGGAUACUGAUGAGCUCUGGGACAGGAGCGUGGGGUGUGGAGUCACCCUGCCGAAGGGACACUGCCAGGGUCACACCCAGGACCCUCUCUUUUAGCUGGCUGGGAUAUACUGGGAUUCUUCUGCCCGGGAUUCCCUGUUUCAAAGGACAGGAUUGGGGGGACCCUUUAUCCUGGGGCUCUGUUCAGGAGGGAUUUGGAGUCCAGCCUAAAACCAUCUUUGUAGAGGUUCUACGUCCAGCUAGGCAUGUCCUGCAGGGGGGCACAGGAUGGAGGGGCAGGACCUGGGACAUUCUCCCCACAGACACAGGGAAUGUGUGGUUCAUUUCUGUGCCCUGCUCUGUGCCCUCAAAGCAGUGCUCUGAGCAUGUGUCCUCUCACCUUCUCCUUGCCCCUUGUUUCUCCUUGGAUGGUUCCUUAAAGCCCAUCCUGGUGGUGGAAACAUCCGUGAGCCAGCACAGAGGGGACCGGGAUGCUGAAAUCUUUGGGAAGGCCAAAGGAGAGAGUUGUAAGGACAUGCUGGAAGUUUUGGUUUGGCCCACACAUGAGCUCCAGCCAACCUUGAAAAAGAACCUUCAUUUGAGGAGGCAACAGGAGUUUCAUUUGUGUUUGUCCCAAGCUUUGGGGCAAAGGCUGUCUGGACUUGCUGUUGUUUCUCCAGUUGUUGGGUUUCCUCUGCCUUAUGGAACAGGACUUUUCCUGUGCUGUGCAGUGUGUCCUGACACAGAUUCAUCCAUGAAAACUUGUUUUAUGAAGACCAGCAUGAGCGAAUUCCUGGUGCUAUUAAGAAAGGGAUGGCUGGACACUGCCUCUGGGGUGUAGGAUGGAUGUGCAAACCUCUCCCGGCUUUUUUCUUCCAUGGAUGACCCUGACCUUGGGUCUCUUGCCUUUUUACCCUCUGAAAAUUAAGGAUAACCUUAUAUCUAUCUGGAAACCAGUGGAUGUUCAGCCUGCUCUGAGCUCUGUCACGAUGUUCUGCAAUGCUCCUGCCUCAGUUUCCCUGUAUAAAUAAGGAAUACAACUUCCCACACAGGAUUGGUUGGACCUAAUUUAUUUGCAUGCAUGGAAGAUCACGUUUGGAAAUGCUAAAAAAUCAACAUGUUUAUUUUAAUUACCGUUGUGAUUGAAGACGACUCUUAAGCUCCAGCUCUGCCAGCACACCUUGACCUGCCCAGUCCUUGCCAACUCAUGUCUUGGUCCAGCAGUGAAAAUUUUGGGAUUUUCUCCUCCUGCCUGUUCAUCCUUGUUCAGAGCAAAACUCAGGGAAGUGUAGGAGCCUACUUGAGGCUGAUGGAUUAAUUUCUACCAUCCCAGUGAAACCAAACUCAGGCCAUGGUGAAAUUCCACCCUGCUUUUUUACCCCCAGGAUGCAGUUCUCUUUCCUCAGGGAAAUCACUGUGGAGCUGCUGAUUUUUCCCAGGGCUUACCUCUCCCACUUUAGCCUGAAAUCCUGAUCCUCUUUUUCCCUGUGAGUGGCAAGAGUAAAGCACUAGGUUAAGGGAGCAAGUGGCUUUGUGCUGGGAAAUCCUACUCUCCUCAUCCUCAUCUUGAGUAACUCCUUGGCGCUGCAGUUGUGUCAUGGGGCUUGGAGGAGUUUGCCAAGCAUCCUGCCUCUGAUUUCAGAAGCUUCCUCACAGUGUGGGUUGCUCACUCCUUACUUUCACCACCAGUGCAGGUGUGCAGUGGAGGCUUUGGAUGUGUCUCUGGUGAUGGUGGGGGUUUUCUUUUCUCAGGUGCAGACCCAGAGGAGAGGAAACAAUGCCUUUAUUUUCAUGGAGCUGCCCAGGGAAGAGCACCUUGUGCUCAGCAGCCUCAGAUGGGGAAGGAGAGGAGCAGCAGCACAGCCCUGGGAAGGGUUUGACACUCAGGGCUGCCACUGUAGCUGGCUGUGAUUUCAGUUUUUACCAGGUGCUGCUGGAUUUUAGGGGUGGGGGAUCGUUGCAUGUUGGAACCCUGGCUACAGAGAAUUUUAGAUUUUCUGUGCUGACAGGCACCGAUCCCUAGGAGAACACUGCAUUUGACUUGAGGCUGUGGAGAAGGCUCCUAAAAUUGUAUGAUAGAACUGGGAUUGUGGGUGUGUGGCUUCUGUACAAAUCCACAGCAAAAAAAUGCUUGGAUUCCAAGCAAAUCCCUCAAACCUCAGUGAACAGGUCAGUUUCUCUUAUUUUCCUGGAAAGACUUUUGAGGGAUGUAGCAUAGAUGGAAAAGUGGCAAAUGUGCUUGGAGAGGGUAAUUCCAACCUGUGGGAUUCUCUGUGUGGUUCCCAGGUACCAGGGGGGAAGCUCAGUGGUAGCUCUGCUGUGGAUUUCAGAGGUGUGAAGCUGGAGGUGUGAAGUCAGCCUCCACUGAAAAAAGUGAGGCAAAACACCUAACUUAGACCAAAUAGGCUUCUCUAACCAGAGACAUGUGGGGAGGUUUCUGCUUUUGGCUUCAGGAGAGGCUGGGAAAGCUCAGCACUGGGGAGCUGGGUCACUGCUUCAGUUCCAAGGGAAUUGGGAGCAUGGGUUUGAUUUCCCAUCUACAGCUUGUCCUCUGUGUCCUCCCUGGGAGCUGUAGAUUAAUUCACAGUGUGAUGCUUUCUGCACACAUGGACAGGAUGGUGACUGUUUAAUUUCCCUUUUCCUGCUCAGUUCCCCUUCUGCUAAGAGGGCUGUGCUCCAGCUCAAAUUACUGCACGGAUUGCUGCCUAACCCUUGUUUUUUUGUGAAGAUUUAGGGCUUUAUUGGGGCAGAAGGCUGGGGAUGGGCAUGUCAUGGCUCAGUGUGCAGGCUCUUGUUCACUCAAGUGCUUGUUUCCUUCUAGGAGAUGCUGCUGUGUAGGGUGGCAGUGGGAUGAGGGCAGCUUCCUGGUGCUGCCCAGGUGAGCUCUGAACAUACUAGAAAUGCCAGCAACUUCAAAUCCAUCCUUGGCCAAGCAUCUCCUGGUAGCCAGGAGCUGUCACAGGUUCCCUGGUCCAUGAAGCUGGUGGUUUGUGUUCCUUUGGGUUUCCCUGAAUAUUCCCUGGGCUCAGGAGGGGUUUAGUGCUCUCCUACCUGGGAUUAGGUGGUGAAAAUGCAGUCCUUAAACAGUGUUAUUGUUGACAAUUCCAGGAGCUGAAUGUAAAAUCAGAAAAGAGGUUAGAAUCCCAGAUUUUGGGACUCCUCUCUGGUUUUCAGGCUGUUCUGCUGCCUUUGAAGGACACACAUUGCCAUGAACUCUGGAGCAGCUGAUCCUUGGUGCAUGUCAAUCAGGUGGAGCAGUGGUUUUUGCUGACUUUGCAGGAGUUCUUGCCAAAAGCUCUGGCUCUGCUCCGUUUCUGCAUGACUUUGGGAAGGUUUCCACUGCCCUCACAGCAAGUUAGUGCUGAGCCUUUGCUGCCUGUCUUCAGGCUGGAUUUUUAGCCCUGUACCUUUGAAAUGCCUUUGCAGUCUCCUAAGCUGCUGAGCUCUGCCUUGUGACCUCUGCUUCUCCUGCAUGGCGAGGGAGGGUGGGUUUGGGCAUGGCUCAGAGCCCCCGUGUCCUGGAGGAGAGCAGGGAGUGCUGGAGUGGAGCAUCCCUACUCAAAUCACGUAGGGAAUGUGCUCAUCUCUGCCUGCCUGGAUUUAUUUAGCCCAGCACAGAGGCAGCAGCUCUGGAGAUGUGAAGACAGCCAAACAAUCUCUUGCCUUCUGCUCCCUUUUGAGAGGCACCUCUCUGGCUCAAAGACCACGGGGGUUUUGUCUCUGCCAGGGUCUUUCCUCUCCUUCACUCGUGUCUCCCCAGGCCACAUGUGUUGCUGCUGCAGGGACCACAUGAGGAGGUGGCCCUGAAUGUUCCUUUGCCAUGUGCACCUGGUUUGCCAGCUGCCAAAAGACUGUGGGUGAAAUAGCAGCAAUCUCAUGGAGCUCCUGAGCUGUCCAUGAAGACAAGACACAGGGGUCACUCAGGUGCUUUCAGCAAGUCCACAGGUGUGUCUUUGUGGGCCUCCAAGGGCUUUUUGUCUCUGUGGUGCUGUGGUUCUGCUCUCGUCACAGCUGUGUACUGCUUGGGUUGCUUGAGUAUUUCAAGGUUUAUCUCUUUAGAAAUUCCUCUUGCCUCAUGCCAGUGAUCAGGAAACUUCCCUGCCUGGCCAUCCAGGAGCCACUCUGGGAGUCACACUCACACCACCCCAGGGCUGGUGGUGAUCCAGAGUUUGUCAUCCACAAUUUCCAGGGGAUUGAGUUCUGCAGGUACCUAAACUGAUGUUUGUCUUCCAUAACACCCAAAAUCAGCUCUGGAGCUGAGGGUGAACAAGCCUGUGAUAACAUUUUGGGACUUAAAAAAAUCCCAUUUGUUUUCCUGUCUCUAGCACAAAGUGUUUUGCUGGGGAAGCAGCCGGUUUAGGAGGGUGAAUUUGGCUGUGGUUUUCCCAAGGAGCUGAAGGAAAGCCUCCAAGCCUCUCUACUUCUGAUUGCACAAUUUUGGUGGCUGUUGAGUGAUUUCAGCUUUCCCCACUUCUGGUGAACUGGUCCAAGAGCUGUAACUGGAUUAAGCAGGGGCUGGAGGCCAUGGGCGGUGGGAAAGGGCUCGGAGCUGCAGGACCUGGUGUGUGAGGGAGCAGCAGCUCCCUGAGGAAGCAGCACUUUGCUUGCUUCUGGUGUAUUUGCCUCUGAACUUUUUUUUUUUCCUUAUCAAAUCUAUUUUUUCUGUUAUGCUGAGCAUGUGACCUUCCCACCUGCCUUUGGUUAGCUCAGGGACCCUGUUCCACUGCAGCCAAUUCUGUGCUCUGCCCCUGCUCUGCUCGCUGUGACAGAGGAACAGGAUGCUCCCUAAAAAUUCCCACUGGAAAAAAAACCUAUCCUUGCCUGAGUCACACAUGGGUCCAGCCUGCUGCAAGCUUUGCUGCUUAGAAAUAGUGAAGGAAAGCCCCAGAAAAGCCUUGGGGGGUAUGAGCUGAGAAGUGUAUGUGUCCCAGGAGGUGACAAUCUUGCUGGCAUUGGACUGGGAAUGCUUCAAAGCUCAGUGUUUCCAGCACUUGCUGUGGGUUUCAGCUUCACCUGAGUCAGGCUCCUGUCUCUCCCCAUCUCCAGGUUGCUCCAGUGGCACUCGUGGUGUCGUCCAGGUGCUGAUGCUCUGAAUGUGCCUGGUGUGUUUUUUCUGGAAAAGCCCCCAAGAUACAGGCAAAGUGCACAAAGUGGGAAGCUGGGCACUGAGGCCAGUGCUGCUUUGUAAGGAGUGUUGAGUCAGAUCAUGUGUGUGACCUCCAAAAUGUCCUGCUAGAAACUGGAGUUUUAGGGUUUUGUGUUGCACAAGUGCAUGAGAAAGACCAGCACCCCUGCCAUGGCAUUCAGCCUGCUUUUAUGGAUGGUAUGGAAAACUACACCAUCAGGCACAGGAGUUCAGCCUCCUCUUUAUCCAUCUGCCAUUGCGUGUCUGUGGCCCCUGAGCAGGUGUGAAAGUGAGUUCUGAGGUGUCUGUCCUGGCCCUUCCCGUGUGUCUUCCCUUGGCACUGAGCUGUCAAUGCUUGGGACAAGGUCAGUUGCCCUUUCUUGUGCUCCCUGGAGCUCCAGGAUUGCUCCUGAGCGUGCUCAGCUCUUCCAGACGGGGAAAACCCCUCAUCUCAGUCCAUGUGCUGUGGGUGGGAAUGAGGGUUUUGAAGCACCUUUCCAAUCCCAGUUAAGGAGCUGAGGAAUGCAAAGAGUGUUUGUUGUUCUUCCGCCGUGUUUGUCCUGCCAGGGAAAAACCAAACGGAACAAAUGAAAUGGAAUUGAUGUUGGAAAGCUGCUGUGAAACAUCUGCAGGGCAGAUUUACAGGGAGGAGAUGUGGACUCAGUUGGGUUGAGGCCAGCCCUGAACAGGUCAGGAGACUAUUUCAGUAUUCCAAUGCAUUUUUAGAAUUACUGAAGGGAUUUCACAACCACCACAAGAAUGAUCAGAUUUGGGAAUGGGCUUUCCAGAACACUUCCCUGAUUAUUUGUUGGCUUCCCUUGCAGCACAGGAGCUCUGCAGAUCAGCCUGGAAAUCUUCACACUCAUUGAGAACCACUGCGGUAAUAGGUUAUAAAAUUGUGCAAGGAAGAGCCUCUCUCAUGCGUGCCAGCGUGGGGUGGGGUGUGUCACUGCUAGAAAAAUUAACUCGUGAUUGAUAAACAGCAAUUAAAUCCUCCUCCUCCUCCUCGGUGUGGAUGAGGUGUGAGUGUUUCCCUGUGGCAGCCAGGUCUCUGUUCCCACUGGACACCUUUCUGCUCCAGGCUCUCCCAGGAGUGUUCAGCCUGUGGCUGGGCUGUUGUGGCCCUCUCCCUGAGCAGGUUCUGUCCCAGGAGCACUGGUGCUCAGACCUGGCCGGGCUGCGGAGUGGUCCCGGUGCUGGAUGGCUGGGAUGCCUUCUGCAUGCCAGCAGGGCUUCUUUUGGCCACAGGAAUGUCUAUAAAUAGCCCCGGGUCAGGGCUCCAGGCAUUGCUGUGCCCCUCAGGAUCAUGAGUCUUCCAUCUGAGCCAGCCAUCAGCCCUUCCUUCUGGAUUUGGGGUGCAGAGGAGAUGAGGGGAAGAGCAUCUCUCCAGAAAUCCAGGGAUGGCGUUUUUAACCCAAUUAUUUGCCUCCUUUCUGAUCUCCGCGGCUCCAGCCCGGCUCACUGCCCAGCUGUGUCAGGGAUCUGCUUUGUGGAUGCCUCAUGAAGUUGGUCACCACCUCCCAGACAGGUCUGACUGCAGAAGGAGAGGCUGGUUCAAUUAUCCCUGUGUGUUUUACAACGACUCACAGGAGACUCCAUAUAAACAUUCUAUAAAAUGCCAUUUUUUGGGGCAGUGCCACAUCACUGCUGCCAUCACCACAUGGGUGCUGGGAUCAUCCCUCAUGGUGCUCAUGGUCAUAAUUCCUACAAAUUUUCAGCUAGGCAUUGCAGCUUUGAAAAACAGUGCAGCUGGCCUUUGUUCCCCAGUUGGGAAAGCUGUUUCAUCCUAACUUUUUCUCCGUGUAUCUUCACCCUUCUUCCCAAGCCAGAAACACCUCCCCAUCGGCUUUUGCAAGUCUUUCCUCACCCUGGCUGGAGGGAUGACUCCACCCAGGAGAUCCCGAGGCUUGCUGUGUCUUGUUUCCUCCCUGGCCAGCGUGGCUGGGCAGGGUUUCACCUGGCUGCUCUCUUGUGGGAAUUGUGCUCCAAUGAGCCGUGCCUGCCCUUGGCUCGGUGCUGGGAGCCUUUGGCCGUGUUUAUUUUGGAGGGGUGCUGGAAGUGGCACCGUCCCUGGGUGCAGUGCUGUAUGGGGACCCGGUGGCACAUGUCAGUGGGAGCGAGCCCGUGUGGCUUCCCGUGACCUACAGCUCCUAAAAGGCCGUGAUUGGGAGUGCCAGAAUCCCGAUCCCAAACUGCCAAGCACGCGUUUCCCGCCCUCUGGGCUGGUGUGACCCCAUGGCUCUGAGCAAAGCACAGUCCCAGCAGCCCAUCCUCUGGCCCCUGAUGUGCCACAGGGACGGGGUUGAGCCUUUUGGGGUGGGUUUGCUCUGGUAUGGCCGUGGGGCCAGGUUUUCCAGCAGCCUCCCCAGGAAGGGGGAUGCAGGGGGAGCUGGUUUGUGCAGAGCAGGAGGCUCAGUGCUCCUUGCAGAGCAGCUAAAAGCGACACCAGUCCUUGGUGUAACGAAGAAUGAGCCCUUCAAAGCCUAAACCCCUUCCUGGGGGAAGAUUGGGCUUUUCCAAGGAAGAGAAAUCCAUUUUUGAGGUGGAGACAGCCACCAUUUGCUAAUAGUUUGUACCCUUGGAUGACAGGAGUGGGUCAAUCCAUGGAGAGAGAUAGGAAUGGUGCACUGGCUGCAGGAAGGAGCAUGACAAAGUUCUGAGUUAUUUUGGGGAAAAGGAGGAAAGAAAAAAGAGGAAAUACUUCUAUUUCCUCAUCUAUUUUGCUGCCCAGGCUUGGAGUGUCUCUGUCACGAGGAAUUCCUCCCGUCAGAGGCACAGACAGGCUCCAAGUUCCCUCCAAACUGACCUCCCCAAGCCGUGUCUCAUUUUCAUCAGUGGUGAGCUAACGAAAUGCCUGAUUUAUUCUUGUUCCCCCCAGCUGUCCCCCACAGCUGCAUUUCCCCAAUCCGGUACAGAGCCUGCAGAAACACCCAGAACCUCCUCCAAGGGUUCCCUGCAAGGGUUCCCUGCAGAACCCACAGCCCGACUGGGACAAGUUGGGAAUUUCUGCCUUCAAGUGCAGGCUUAUGUCCUGUGAGAUCUUUGCCUCUGCCUCAAUCUCCCCAAAAAUGGGAUAUUUUAGUGAGCUCCAGCUCUGGGACAUCAUCCCCAUAACUCCAUCUAUGCAUCACCGGAGGGAUGUGGCUCUAAAUUAUAGGUUUGUUUCUUCCUCUGAUGUCCUUGCUGCAGCUUCAAACACUGGCUGCAAGUACCUCCUGAAAUGUUUCUUAAACAGUGGUAUUUUAGGGCAUUUUCCUCUCUGCUUCAGUCUGGGCUGCCUACGAAUUGUGAGAAUCUUCUGGAAAAGCUUCCUCCCAAAAAUGGAUAGGAGCUGUUGAGCUGAAAUGCUCCAGGUCUCACCUGGGUGUUGUGAAAGCCCCUGAGCAUCUCCAGAACACCCCCAGGUGCCUCUGCAAUCACCAACUGGUUGUGUGUCUGCUUCCCCAGGGGACUCACCUGCUGGGACAGGGACAGGCAGGGCAGGGCUGUGCCAUCGGACAGGGGAGCUCUGGCUGCCAUUCCCCAGGCUCAGCAGUUUUCUCUCACCUGAGGGCUGGGACCAGCUCCAUGCAGGAACACGCCUGGCUCUGCCAUCUUACCUAAGAGAUCCAGAGGGAUUCAAGGUCUUUGGGCCAGGAGGGUGUUGGAGCUCGAUGUUCAUACUCCUCAGAGUGUUGUUGGGGUCAGUUCCCAGGGGCCCUGAGGUGUUCUCUGACCCUUGGGUAACUGCACAUCGAGACUGGAUGAUUUUUCCAAAAGGAGCUUCUCUCGUAAUCAUUCUGGAGGAAAAAACCUCUUUUGGGGGACAGGUCAAAUGUGACAAGCACAGUAAUGUGAAGUUUUUGGGUUUUACACAUCCAUCAUCUAGUGAGGUUUGGCAAAGACAUGUCAGGUCACUAAAAUAACAUAUAUAUUGUCACUGAUAUUGUUGUGGCUCAGCUGAGCUGUUCUUGCACGUUGCCAGCAAACAGCCAUGGCCUAUCCAGCUGAGAUUACAUCCCGGGAGAGUAAUCUCCCUGCCUGGAUGCCGAGGGUGUGUGAGACAGGACCUAAAUAGAUCCCUAAGCUCUGGGGGCAGGAGGAGGCCUGUGGGUCAGCUGGGAAGGGAUAUAGGAUUUGGGUGCAAGGGGAUUUCUAGGAUUUCUAGCAAAACCAAGGAGAGGCCUCACCCAUGUCAGACUCAGAAACAGAGCAGAGCUGGGGUUUAUUUCUGCUCUGAACCACUUUAUGGUGGCUGCAGAGGAACCACCAGACCCUGCUGUAGUGUUGGCUGGGAGGGAAGAGGCUGCUCACCAUCGGGGAACUUGGUUGUGCAGCCACCACGGCACUGCUGGGCUGUGAUACGUGGGGACCCUGGGCAAGGUCCUCUGUGUAGUUACUGCCUUUAGGGUCCUCCCAAAACCAUCGGCUGCACCCCGUAAGUAAAACCUGCAACAGGGUUUAGCAAGCUGAGAGAUCACAAAAAACUGUUCAGUGCUGGAUAUGAGUGUUUUGGCACCUCCACCUGCUCCUCGUGGGCUGGAGAAGGGCAUUCCAGCCAUCCCAUCU